CUCUUCCUCAUCCGCCGCCGCCGCCUAAAACUACUAAAAGUUCUUUUCUUUUCUCUUCACAAACACCGGAAAAAUCAUGGUCGGAGCUAACCCCACCAUCAAAUUCCUCUGCAGUUACGGCGGAAAAAUCGUCCCUCGUUACCCUGAUGGAAAACUCCGUUACCACGGCGGUGAAACCCGAGUCCUCGCCGCUGACCGCUCCAUAUCCUUCGAUGAGCUGUCGUUGAAGAUGGGAGAGAUGUGCGGGACACCGGUGAGUCUACGUUGCCAGUUGCCGACUGAGGAUUUAGACGCGCUGGUUUCGAUCACUUCCGAUGAGGAUCUUGCGAAUCUCAUCGAGGAAUACGAUCGUGUAGCGUCGCCGCCGUCUUUUUUAAAGAUCCGAGCCUUCCUUUCGCAGCCGAAAUCCGCCAAAAAAGCGGUUUCUUCUCCUCCUUCGUCAUCGGUUUCAUCGUCAAAGUCAUCUUUCCCAUCCACUCCGAGAUACUCCUGCGUACUCCAGAUCACGGGGACUCCCGUAGCUUUCCCUCUUUAUUCUCAGAAAUCUGUGGGGAAAAUGAUUCCUUACUAUGGUUACCAUGGAAACCCUCGCCAUAUUUACCUUCUUCACAGCGGGAAUCAUUGGCAAUAGCAGAAGAACAAGUAAUGAUCAGUACUACCCGCAGAUGAACAAAAGAAAACAAAUUAAGCUAUAAAUUAUUUUGUAUUUUAAACUGUAUAUCCUUUAAGAAGAACUGCUUUUGAUGAUUGUGUGGCCAUUAA